UUGCUUUGACACUUUCGUAGGAAUCCUUAUGUUUACAUUCGUUCCAAUUGUUAAAAAUAGUAAAUUGUGUAUUUCCAGUUAUUUUGUAUGAAAUAGGUUAAUAAUGUUAUUAUGAGUUUCAUAGAAGUGCAGAAAUAAUAUAUUAUUUACAACUCAAAUCAAUUAAAGAUGACCGCACUGGCCUGCCUCACCUGUACGAAGUCAACCGAACCGUCGCUAUCGGUUACCAUUGGGGAACACGAUAACGUCCAAGCUGCACUGUACAAAUAUUUUUGGUUCACCGAAGACGAACGACACAGAGGAUACCUAUGCCAAUGCUGCUGGAUCAAGAUAGAGGACUUUCACCGUUUCUACUGUGACAUCGAAAAGGCGCAUGGCUAUUCAGAGUACAAAAUACCUACCCAGUAUAUGUUGGUGAAGGAAGAACCAGUCUCCGCCCUCGACACAGUGGUCACAGUGGUUGCACCAGAUGUUCUAGACGUUCCCGAGCCACUAAAGUGCGAGGAUGAGGAUAGUGUUAAAUCGGAUUCGAACGACGACGCAGAAGGCAAAGUUAAGCCAGAGCAUUCAGUUUCAGAAGCCGAGAGCGAUCAGUCGGCCGAUGAGGAAACUCCAUUGGCUAGCAGGAAAACCCGUACAAAGCGCUGCAUCGCAGACGAUGCAUUAAUCAGCGAGCGAAUCGAUUUAAAGUGUGACAGUUGCUCGCAAGAUUUCGGUACCUUCGAGGCGGUCCAGGAGCAUUCACUUGAGGAGCACCUAAAACGAGCGCUCGUUUACUGCUGUAAACUAAAAUUUAGCAGAAAGAGCCGACUGGUGGAUCAUCUUCGUCUCCAUGUGAAUCCUGCCCAGUUCCAGUGUGACAAGUGCUCUAGAUGCUUACCGAACAGUGAAGCACUAAGUCAUCACAAAGACACCGUCCACGGUUCUCAGCCACUUGAGUGUAGUUAUUGUGGAAAAACAUUUUCCCGGGCGAAAAGUUUGGCCAUUCACGAAAAACACCACCAAAGAAAGUGGAAAUGCCUUUUCUGCAAGAAAUACUUCGCAAGUGAUGCGUCCCUACGGGUGCACAACAGCAAAUUCCACCGGGAAGGGCCAUCGUCCGUCAAAAGCGAAGACGAAACAUCGGCGGCGGAAAGCACUAACCAUGAAAGGGACCUCUCGGGAGGUGACGGUGAUGGUGAUCCGGAUUUCGAAGAUGAUGCUAAGCCGAGGGCGAAGCGUCGAAGACGGAGCGGGAUUUCUAAGGGGCCUCCGAGACCUGCAGAUUGGGCACAAAAAGCUCAGCAAUUGAUUGCGAAAUAUAUCAGCUUAGAGUGUGACACUUGCGGGCACAAAUUUGCCACAUUCGAAGAGCUGGAACAGCAUGGCCUAGCGCAGCACGAGAAAAAAGUUUACGUGUUCUGCUGCGAGUACAAAUUCUCCCGAAAGUGCCGUCUAAUGGACCACCUGCAGUACCAUGAAAACCCCAGCAAAUAUCAGUGCGAUGUUUGCUCUAAGCAGUUUCAGAACAGUGAAUCCUUCAAGAGACACAAGGAUCUGGCCCACCGUGAGCAGGUGGAAAAAACGCUCCAGUGCAGUAUGUGUCCGAAAACGUUCGCAUUUCCGCGUUCGUUGCGGUUGCACGAAAAGUAUCACCGAUCGCUGAGCGAGAAAAAGUGGUACUGCGAAAGUUGCGACAAAUCGUUCGCCUGGGAGACGCUCCUACGGCAGCAUAACCGCAUCAACCAUUCCGUGCGGGAGUUCGAGCACGUGUGCCACAUCUGCGCGAAGGGCUACCACACACUGUCCUCGUACCGGUCGCACGUUGCGUCGCAUGACGCGAACUACAAGCGGGAAAAGGCACCGGAAGAGCUGGAGCGCGUGCAGUGUACGAUUUGUGAGAGUUGGGUAUUUAAAAAAGGCUUGCGAAAGCAUAUGCGCAAUCACACCGGCAGUCAGACGUGCGACUUUUGCGGUCAGGUGUGCAAGAGCAUCGUGACGCUGCAGUAUCAUAUGGCACAGCACAAGAAAGCCGAUCUGGCGUGCUCGGUUUGUGAGAAAACUUUCAAGCGGGAGAUCAGUUUGAAGGAACAUAUGGCCUCACACACGGGCGAAGUUCUAUAUACGUGCGACUUCUGUGGGAAAACGUUCAACUCUAACGCAAAUUGGUCUUCGCACCGUAAAAAGACACACCCGAAGGAGUGGCUGGAGGAUAAGAUACGCAAAAAUCCCCAUAUACAGCUGGAAGAAGGCCACAAGUUGUUGGAACAAUGGCAGAAGCAAAUUUCCUGGAUGAAGGGAGAUUCAUUUGACACAAACGAUUGUUUACUUUUCGUCACGGUGAAAACGGAGAAAUAUAAGAUAUUGAAUUGCAAAAAAUAUACUAACUCAUGUUUGAAUAAUUUGUUUGCGUUUAAAAAUUCAACUAAAAGAAUGAGCCAGAACAUGGCCUCACCAAUUUGUCUUACCUGUGCCGAAGCAACUGAUCCUAUUUUUGCAAUGCCGAUUGUUGAGAAUGAAGGCAUUCAAACUGCUCUAUCUAAGCUUUUCUGGUUUACCGCCAGUCAAUAUAGCAACAGCAUUUUGUGUCAGACAUGCUGGAAAAAGAUAGUUGACUUUUACCAAUUUUAUGUUGAUGUCGAGAGAAUUCAUUUCCAACAAGAGAACAAACUGCAUCUCCAGCUAGGAUCACUGAAGCAAGAAUCGUACGAUCCAGAGCUGGACGGUACGUUCGAGGAACAACCUUUGUCGCAAGAAGUCAACGUUGGCGAAACGUUGGUAAAAGCGGAAGCUUUUGUUAGUUGCUUCUAUGAGGAGGAAGGAGUGGUUAAUGUCGAGGAACCAGUUUUGUCUCAUGAUGAAUAUUUCGAGAGUACAUCGGCGGAAACUAUAGGCGGUGAGCCGAAACUACUGAAGAAGCGCGUGCGCCCGAGGAAGCGUCCACCGCAGCCAAUCAGCGAGCAAGUCAUUGCCCAGCACAUUAACUUGGAGUGCGAUUCGUGCGCGCAGAAGUUCGACUCAUUCAACGACUUGCAAAGGCACUCGACAACGGAGCACAACAAGCUGUCGUACGUUUUCUGUUGCGAUUUCAAGUUCUGUCGGAAGCCACGUCUGAUUGACCAUCUGCUGUAUCACAUGAACCCAGGCAGCUUUCAGUGUGAAAUAUGUUCGAAGCAGUUCCUGAACCGGGAAUCAUUGAAACGACACAAAGACACCGCCCACACGAACGUUAUUGAGGCUGUUCUGAAGUGUAGUUUUUGUCCUAAAACCUUUACGCGCCAGAAGACUCUCCACGUGCACGAGAAGUAUCACCGCAAGCUGAAGGAGAACAAGUGGCACUGUGAGAUCUGUGAUAAGUAUUUUGCGUAUGAGUCCAUUCUGCAGGGUCACAACGAGAGGAAACACUCGACGAAGGAAUUCAAGCUGGUGUGCCACGUGUGUGCCAAGGGUUUCCACACGCAGGUUUCAUACACGUCACAUAUGGCAUGCCACGACGAUAGUCUGAAGCGCAGUAAGCAACCAGCGGACUUCGAACGAGUGCAGUGCACCGAGUGCACCAGCUGGAUUCUUAAAAAUAAUAUAAAAAAACAUAUGCUUGUGCAUUCCGGCACACAAACGUGCGAACACUGUGGCCAGGAAUGUAAAAGUAUUAUGGCACUGCGGUAUCACCGCGCCCAGCAUCGGGCAGCCAUUAUAGAGUGCACAAUCUGCGGUAAGACGUUCAAGCAGCAGCUCUCUUUGAAGGAGCACAUGACAACCCACACCGGUGAAGUGCUGUACAGUUGUGAUUUUUGUGAUAAAACGUUCAAUUCCAAAGCCAAUCGGGCAGCUCAUCGUAAAAAGAUACACCCGAGGGAGUGGUUAGAAGAUAAGCUGCGGAAAACCCCCGGUUUUCAGAUGCCAGUACCGGAGAAGCCGCUGUAGAGGAAGAUGGAGUAAAUUUUCUGAUGGCUCACAAGUUGUGAAUAAAACAUAUGCAUUUGGUUCUUGCAACUGCAAGAACAUGCCUCGUAAUUCGAUAUAAAAGCCCUCUAUAUCUUUCCCUCUGAUGAACACAACGUGCAACGUUUUUUAGAUUCCUUCCUUACAGCGUUGAUAAUACGAAGUACAGUAACAGUGUUAAAUAUAAUUAAAAUAGUCAACUAAUUACUCACCCUUA